UGGUUCUCCCCCCGCCUACCCCUGCUCCCGGGGGUAGAACCGUUUAGCCGGAAGUCCCCACAUGAACUGUAUCCGGUUCAAGGCCUGGGCCUGGUCUUCACCGUCUGUCCCCGGUCCCCGCUCCCGGCCCUCACUGUCACCGUCUGUCCCCGGUCCCCGCUCCCGGCCCUCACUGUCACCGUCUGUCCCCGUCCCCGGCCCCGGCCCCGGCCCUCACUGUCACCGUCUGUCCUCAUCCCCGUCCCCGCUCCCGGCCCCGGCUCCGGCCCUCACUGUCACCCUCUGUCUCUGUCCCCGGCCCCGGCCCUCACUGUCACCCUCUGUCCCCGCUCCCCGCUCCCCGCUCCCUGUCCCGGCCCCGGCCCUGGCCCUCACUGUCACCGUCUGUCCCCGCUCUCGGCCCUCACUGUCACCAUCUGUCUCUGUCCCCGCUCCCGGCCCUCACUCACUCCCAGCCCCUGUCCCUCCCUCCGGGUGACGAUGUCUCGGCGGCGGGGUCUGUGAAAUACCGGGUGAAACUUUCCCCAUUUCCAAACGGACGGGUGACGGCACCAACUGGUUAAUAAGUCAGUCCCGGCAGGUUUCCCUCGCCCCGGGUAAUUAGUUAUCGGUCAGCCUCUCAGCUUUCACUGGCGGUUGAAGGUGGAGUCAUGCUGAGAGGGUGGGUUAGAAAGUCUUGCUGUGGACUCUGACUGACAGCGUUAACUCCCUCAGAGAAGUUGUCGUGGGACUUGAUUUUAAAAACGUUGUUUAAAUAAUUUACAAUGGGUUGUUUUUGAGCAGUUUUAUAUACACUUGAUGGAGCGUUUCUCGAUGGAACAUUUACUUUGUUGAACUAAUUUUCGUAAGCGUAAGCACCAUGCCUCAGAAGUUGCUUAAAAGUGCCCACUAUAUUGAAUUAGGAAACUACCAAUAUUGGCCUGUUCUUGUACCACGAGGCAUCCGCCUGUACACGUAUGAACAAAUUCCAUCCUUCCUUAAGGAUAAUCCUUACAUUACAGAUGGAUAUAGAGCUUAUCUACCUUCAAAAUUAUGCUUGAAAAGUCUUUUCAUCCUUUCUAAUGAGACGGUGAAUAUUUGGAGUCAUCUACUUGGAUUUUUCCUGUUUUUCAGUCUUGGCAUUUAUGACAUGACCACUGUACUUCCUGCGGCAAGUGCCUCUAGGGAUGAUUAUGUUAUAUAUUCCAUAUGUCUCUUCUGCUUCCAGGUUUGCAUGCUGUGUUCAGUGGGCUAUCACCUGUUCUGCUGCCAUCGCUCUGAGAAAGCAAAUCGGCGCUGGAUGGCCCUUGAUUAUGCUGGUAUUGCCAUUGGGAUUUUGGGCUGCUAUGUCCCUGCAGUAUUCUAUGCCUUUUACUGCAAUGAAUAUUGGCGACAGGUGUACUUAAUAAUGGUGCUGGCUAUGAUACUGGCAGUAUUCUUUGCACAAAUACAUCCGUAUUACCUCACACAGCAGUGGUACAGCCUGCGUGCACUCAUCUUUUGCUGUGUCUCUGUGUAUGGGUUUAUCCCAACAAUACACUGGAUCUGGCAGAAUGGAGGGAUGAACACACCAAUUGUUCAGGCAUUUGUACCACGUGUAUUUGUGAUGUAUUUGAUGGGUGCAAUUGCUAUUUUUCUCUACGUUACGAAAAUUCCAGAAAGAUAUUUUCCAGGACAGCUCAACUACCUCGGUUCUAGUCAUCAGUGCUGGCACGUCCUUGUUGUAUUGAUGUUUUAUUGGUGGCACCAGACUGGAGUAUACAUCAUGCAGUACAGACACAACCAACCCUGUUCUGAACUAAUGAGUACAUAACUGCAACAGUGUCUUGUGAUUAGGUGAACAAUUUCUGUAAAAGUGCCUGUUAAGAAUCUGUUGUGGUACACAACCAGGAAAUGGGAAGGGAUGUGUUAUAAUUCUGUCGACCUGAAUGUACUGAUACCUCUUUAUUUAAGUAACAGAUUAUUGGAAACUGGAAAUAAAGAGGUCUCAACAUCCUGCAGAUAUUUUCCAAUAGCUUGAGAUGUCUGAGGUAUUUCUAUGAAUGAGCUUACAAAUUAAGGUGUAAUAGUCAUUCUUCAAAUAAUUUUCCUGUACUAUUAUCACAGAAAUGGAAAAUCUGCUCAGAGAUUCAGUUGGUAAAUGUCUGAUACUGGUCUAAUUCAAGAACCUGCAAAGUGCAGGUGCUAAACUAGGCUAAAAUUUGUGUAUGUGUAUGCCCAUUUGCCCAGUGACUAUGUUUUAAUGUUAGUGGGUGAAUGGGCGUUUUAACCUUGGAAUUGUGCUCAACUGCACUGAGUAUCCCUGGUUUGAGACUGCCUCCCAAGGUACCUCACCCCUGUUUACACUACUGAAUAUUCGCUCAAAUAAGUGAUCUCAUUAAGACUACUUUUUAUGGAUAAACAUGUAGAAUAUUGUAUGAAAUCUUCUCUCAGAUCUGUUUAAACUGGAACUUAAGUCUUGGUCCUUAAGAGCUGGGAGACAAAAGAGAAAGCUAGGGUUUCUGGGAAAAGUGAAACAUUAAAAAGAAGCCUUUAUAUUCUGGAAUGCGAAUAUGUAUCCUGAAACAAAAUCAGGGAAAGAAUUGACAACUACUUAAUCUCCAUCUCCAAGAACAAGAAUCCUGUAUGUGAGAAUAAUGUGAACAGGAUUGGAACCUGUCAUUUAAUCUUCGUAGGAACAGUUUGCAUUUAGAAGUAAGUAUGAUGGAAUGAAAUUUCAUUUAUUAGAAGAUAAAAUUAUUUAGUCAUCUGCAAGAUUUGAUCAAAGUUAUCAGGAAGCAUUCUGAUCAUAACCAAGGUUUCAUACCUUAUUUUACCUUCUGCCACAUAACAUCUAAUCAGUCAGUUGGCUAGACAGGUAGUUUGCAAUGCAGAGUAAUGCAAACAGUGCGAGUUUAAUUCCCACCCCGGCUGAGGUUACCAUGAAAGACUCUUCUCGUGCCUGGGGCGUGGUGACCCUUGGGUUGAACCACUAGUUUUCUGAGAGCAUCCCUGUGGUCUGAUGGGGCUAUGGCAACUUCAUCUUUAACACUUCAAAUAUUUUUCCUUCAGUUAUACUGAGUAUGUUCUAAUAGCAUGGCUGGCUGGUUCACUGAAGAAGUACAAAUCAGAGUUGAUUAUUUGCCCGAUUUCAUCCUUUUGGAUGACUGUCAGGUAUGUAGAAGAAUGGAUACUUAGUCUGACAAAUGUCGAGGAAAACAGUCUGUUACUUCUACUGUUCCUCCACAUGUAGCUAGAUUGUCUUGGCACCUUGUACUUUUUUAUUGAAAUGGCCAGCCAGUGCCUUAGAACAGACCAACUAUGAAUGAUGGGUAAGAAGAUUCUAGUAAACCUCAAAAGAAAAAACAAACUUAAGACUCUUCACACUUAUACUAUGUCUUUUAAAAAAUGUAGCAAUUACUGCUGAGAACACAGUUGAUGAUUAAAGGGUAUAUUAUACAACCUAUACAUCGAUCCCAGAACUUCACACAGUGGGUUAUUCAGUCCUAGGUUUACGCUGGGAUGUUAAACAAGAAGGGCUAAGUGCAAUUUAAAAGUUAUGUGCAUAGAAAAUUUAUUUAGCAGUAGGUAGAACUAGUAUGGUUACAAAAUGGUGGUAUGUAUUGUGAUUGUGCAUUGUAAAAAUAUAAUUUUUACAAUUACUUGCUCUUAAAUGUCUGAAUCACAUGACAAGCUCUUCAUCUGGAAAAUUCGUGCAAAUCCUAGAACUGGAUGUCUCCUUUGAGGAACGCAGUGCGAGAAGAGUUGUUUGUUUUGUCUGACAAAUUAUUUGGAGCUUAAUUUCUUUUUUUUCCUCUGUAGAAAAGUAUUAUCAAUAAAAUAUUUUCCAACAGUAAA